AUGUCCAGUCCACAUGUUAUGGAUGGAUUCUAUCUCGACUUCGUUCACGACCGCGUCUCCGAGCGCUUCCUUUGGGAGGUGCUAGCUGCGAUCGGCGCGCCUCCAACUGCCGGCAUCUACACCCAAGUGUCUGCCGCCUACGGGUGGUACAACCACCGCAAGGGUUUCCAACGCGUUGACCUGGAUAUUGCCGCUAAGGAAAAGGCUAUCGCACAGCCAUUCACUCUGAGCCCAUCACCCCUGCAAGCUCGCCCGGCUGGCGUUAACAAGCGUCAAUGUAUCCCACCACCAACGCUACCACGAUGGACUCGGGUGCCACGGGGUGACGGCGCCGUUAGCCGCUCUGGGGCAUCUGCACCGUCGCAACGCCCAUGGCAAUCGCCGAAUAUGUUCAACGCACUGCGUGAACACAUCGUGGUCACACCAACUCAACUGGUGGUUUCGUCCACUAACAGCAUGCUGAUCCUUCCCUCCAUCCUCCCUGUACCAGAUUCUCCACGCACCCUACCUUCCAACACCUACAUUGAUGGCACCAAACCCGACGGUCAGAGUGUCACGCGUGCGACCGUGUCACUGGACUUAAUGCUCGAGAAAUUUGCCCUACUCGAUUCACACGUUGCUGCUGCGAAGUGGGCGUUUACGACGAUGUCGGACCGUAUCCAGUCGCUUUUGUCCAAAUACCCGAUGGAAUUUGGUCUGCAAGUACGUUCGCUUGCGUCGUUGACGCUGGUCAUGCUCCUCCACCUUACCCGCCUUCGAAUGCUCAGCCGAUGGAUGCGCACGACGUGGGGGCCAUCUACACCUUUUGCUAUCCUGUACCACAAUGUCUUCAACCACGCAUACUCCAUCCACGCCCUAGGCCUCGACUUUACGUCAGUGGUACGAUCAUCGUCACUGGACGAGUACCACUCUGACGAUGUUAGUGACGCUACGGUACUGCUGAACCACGAGUCUGAGUGCAUUCUCGCCCUUGCCGAGAUUCUGCUUGUAUCCCUCGCUCCAUGCUACUAUGCCCAUGAUCGGGGAUCGUUAUCUCGCAUCAUCAACCCUUUGCAACGUCCUCCUAACUCCACCCUCGGCACGCCAAUUCGCAAGGCCUUGUGUGACUUGCUGCAGAGAGCACGCACGGCACUAGCCGAUCGGGUAUCCCACGACGUCAUCAUGGAAGCGGCCGAUAGUGAAGACAGUGCUGCAUUCGCCUUGACGAUUACUCCAUCCUGCCAGGUUAUGUUCGACUCAUCCACAAUGUCCCUUACUCAUGGAAGCCUCGAAGACCUCUGGACGGACACAGUGACAUCCACGACCGGCUAA